UCAAAACUUAAACUCGCUCCUCAAGUCAGCGAGCAGCUCACUGCUUCUUCCCCUCGGUCCUCCUUCACGUCUGGACGAGCACACUCACACCGAGUCCAGGAGCUGAAACAGAGUCAAAGAAAGAGGCGAACUUUCUCCUGGAGAGGCGAAGCAGAAGGAUUUGGGAGCAGAAACCCCGGGAGGAGCAGAGGACCACAGUCCGUAUUUCUGCGGGCAAAGGCGGCCAAACUUUUUUCCUUUUUUUUUUUUUUUUUAAACCCACGUUUUAUUUUGUUGUUUGUUUAUUAUUGAACCGCAACAAAAUGAAUCGGAGCUUUAACAGAUCGCAGCCUCUGAGGAACGCGGACUGUAACGCGGUGGAAGUGAAAAGCAAGUAUGGAGCAGAGUUUCGCCGGUUUUCAGUGGACCGCAUCAAACCUGGCAAGUUUGAGGAGUUCUACAAGCUCAUCCUGCACAUCCACCGCAUCGCCAACAUGGAGGUGAUGAUCGGCUACGCCGACAUCCACGGCGACCUCCUGCCCAUCAACAACGACGACAACUUCUGCAAGGCGGUGUCCACAGCUCACCCGCUCCUCAGGAUCUUCAUACAGAAACAAGAGGAGGUCGACUACGCCAACUUUGGCACCAACACAAUCACCCGCAGGAAGAAGGCGGUGGUCGCCCUCCGUAACACCGACAUCACCCGCAAGCGUCCCCACAUCCGCAUCGGCAUGCCGCAGGACUUCCGGCCCGUCUCCUCCAUCAUCGACGUGGACAUCCUCCCCGAGUCUCACCGCCGCGUCCGGCUGUACCGCCACGGCUCGGACAAGCCUCUGGGCUUCUACAUCCGCGACGGGACCAGCGUGCGGGUGACGCCCCACGGCCUGGAGAAGGUCCCGGGCAUCUUCAUAUCCCGGCUGGUCCCCGGGGGGCUGGCGGAGAGCACGGGGCUGCUGGCGGUCAACGACGAGGUGCUGGAGGUCAACGGCAUCGAGGUGACGGGAAAGUCUUUGGAUCAGGUCACGGAUAUGAUGAUCGCCAACAGCCACAACCUGAUCGUGACGGUCAAGCCGGUGAACCAGCGCAACAACGUGGUCCGCAGCAGCAGGAUCUCCGGCAGCUCCGGCCAGUCGUCCGACAGCAGCGGGUCGACCGGGUACCCGAGUCUGCCGGCGGGCACGGCGGGGGUGGCGUCCGUGGGGGCCCACGGCUACCAAGACGAACUGGAGAGCGACGAGGAGGCGGACAUCGUCAUUGAGAACAGCAUCAAGCGGCCGUCUCAGAGGUCCAACGCUUCCCUGGCGUCCAGUCUGUCCCGCCUGCAGCAGCAGACGACUCCGGCGGUGACCUCGGGCCCGGCGGCGCCUCCGAGCCCCCCGACGCGCCCCCUGUCGGUGGUCUCCACCGCUUCCUUCCACUCCCAGCCGAGCCUCAACGGGGGGUCCCACUCCCACCACCACCACCACCACCAGCACAGCAGCCUCAGCUACCAGCUCAACAGAGACCUGAACCUCCAGCACAGCCCACACCAGCAGUCCCAGCACAGCCACCCCCACCAAAUACAGCCCGCGCAUCACAGCAGCAACCCGGCCCUCCGCCACAGCAACGGCAGCCUACACAAAAUCCUCAGCUCGCUGAAAACGGACCCACGACACAGUCUGGCGGUCCCCAGGGGCGGGGUGGAGGAGGACGGCACAGUCAUUACCCUAUAAUACUCAAACGCGCAGAGACUAAAACUCCUCAAGCUGCUCAGAGACUCAACUGGAACACCGCAAACCAAUACAGCUGAGCACAAACGUCUGUCGUCGGAUACUAAUUGUGUAACUUCUGUUUGGUUUUUACAAGAUAAUUGAAAAUCGGAAGUUGCAGACAAGUAAAAAUGUAUAUAUUUCUUGUAUUUUUAAAAGUCUUCUUUGUCUUACAUGAAAACACUUGUAUGUUUGUAAUAAGCUUAAGAAGAAAUAACUGUUUUAGGAAAGUCCACUGUAUCCUAGAGUUCUGAAUGUACAUGCAGCCUCAUAUCAUUUCUUAGUGACCACUCUUAUUAAGAUCCUUUUCAUUCUUCUUUCUGGGACCAACUUGGGGUUUCUUACAGAUGUUUUUAAAGAAUAAAAUUUAUAUUUCGUAUAUUCUGAUAAAUGCUGUGUAGAGUAUGUUUUUGUUUUUUUUAAUAGGUCUUUUAUGCAUUGAUGAUCAUGAUCCAGUCCUUGUAUCUGUUUAAAUAAAUUAUUCUGUCUCACAACUAUG